UUAAGACGCCUCUAACCAAAUCCUGGCCUUCUCCAUCCCUGCAUCUGCCUUUGUGGCUUUAAUGAGAAAUCCAGGCACUUCACAAGAGACUGUACAAAUAACUUCUAGGGCGCCACUAACUCAUUCAGCAGAAAGAGACCCAGGGGUUGCCAAUGCUUCAGGGAAGAUAAGUGAGUGGAAAGAAGGUGGUUUUUACAGCACUGGGCGGACAGAAGGGUUUGCCUGGGUGAGUGUGAGCUCCGCCUCUGCAGCAGAGCCGAAAAGGAUCCGGACUCCUCAGCCCCUCUCUUCACAAUAUUUGAUUAGGAAUUUGGGGCGGGAUCCUGGUCUGGCACAGGCGCGCACACUCUCAGUAGACUCUCUCACUCCUCUCUCUCUCUUCCUCUCUCUCUCACACGUUCUCCAACCCAAGGAGGCCAGACAGAGGGACGUGGUCACUCUCUGAAAGGUUCAACUUGAGAGACAAAAUGCAGUGGACCUCCCUCCUGCUGCUGGCAGGACUCUGCUCGCUCUCCCAGGCCCAGUAUGACGAGGACCCUCACUGGUGGUUCCACUACGUCCGCAGCCAGCAGUCCACUUACUACGACCCCUACGACCCCUACCCUUACGAGCCCUACGAGCCUUACCCCUAUGGGGUGGACGAAGGCCCAGCCUAUGCCUAUGGCUCUCCAUCCCCACCGGAGCCCCGCGACUGUCCCCAGGAGUGCGACUGUCCACCCAACUUUCCCACGGCCAUGUACUGUGACAACCGCAACCUCAAGUACCUGCCCUUCGUCCCCUCCCGCAUGAAGUACGUCUACUUCCAGAACAACCAGAUAUCCUCCAUCCAGGAAGGCGUCUUCGACAAUGCCACGGGGCUGCUCUGGAUUGCUCUCCAUGGCAACCAGAUCACUAGUGACAAGGUGGGCCGGAGGAUCUUCUCCAAGCUGAGGCACCUGGAGAGGCUGUACCUGGACCACAACAACCUGACCCGGAUGCCUGGUCCACUGCCUCGGUCCCUGAGAGAGCUCCAUCUCGACCACAACCAGAUCUCACGGGUCCCCAACAACGCUCUGGAGGGGCUGGAGAAUCUCACAGCUUUGUACCUCCAACACAACGAGAUCCAGGAGGUGGGCAGUUCCAUGAGGGGCCUCCGGUCACUGAUCUUGCUGGACCUGAGUUAUAACCACCUUCGAAGGGUGCCUGACGGACUGCCCUCUGCCCUCGAGCAGCUGUACAUGGAGCACAACAACGUCUACACCGUCCCCGAUAGCUACUUCCGGGGUUCGCCCAAGCUGCUGUAUGUGCGACUGUCCCACAACAGUCUUACCAACAACGGCCUGGCCUCCAACACCUUCAAUUCCAGCAGCCUCCUUGAGCUUGACCUUUCCUACAACCAGCUGCAGAAGAUCCCCCCAGUCAACACCAACCUGGAGAACCUCUACCUCCAAGGCAAUAGGAUCAACGAGUUCUCCAUCAGCAGCUUCUGCACCGUGGUGGACGUCGUCAACUUCUCCAAACUGCAGGUGCUGCGCCUGGACGGAAACGAGAUCAAGCGCAGCGCCAUGCCGGUGGACGCACCCCUCUGCCUGCGCCUGGCCAGCCUCAUCGAGAUCUGAGCAGCCCUGGCACCGGGUGCCGGGCGGAGAGCCCCCACGGCCCCACUGCAUUUGGCUUGAUGGUUUGGUUUGGCUUUUGCUGGAAGGUCUGGGACAGACCCCAUGACAGAAGUCCACGGCUCCCUCUUUAGUCUUCUUCCCUGUAGACAGGAUUAGAUGAGGUCAGGGACAGGCAGCUUUCUGCUGAAGACAUAGGCAGAAGCUCUCCCUUUUCCAGGGACAGAAGUGAUGGCAGGGGGAAUAAUCUCUGGAAGUCCCAGCCCCAGAAAUCUCACUACUCUUACAUUCUUCCCGAUGAUCUAAUGUUGUGGAACUCUGCAAGUUGCUUGGGCGAUCGCACAUGACUGUACUUCCCCAGCAAUCCCUGAUUCUCUGCAAGCAGCGCACUUGACGGCUCUCCCCAUGUGCUGGGCUGGGCUCCCACUUGUUACUUCUCAAAACAUACCUCUUGCCCGACUGCCUCCUCUUCAAUCCACCUCACCACGGAUGCCUUUUCUAUGUCUUAGGCAGGGUCAGGAGACCUCAAAGCAUGUGGGCAUCUGCUCAGCAACCUGUGGAGAGAACCCACACUUUUGUCCGAGGUUUAAGGGCCACAGGAGUCACCUCUACACCUCCCUAACCUCACCCCCUGAAAGCUACCAGAUCGGUGGUCAGCAGCAUGAUGAUGAUAGUGUCCAUGGCCUGAUGCAGGAAGAGACAACCCACCUCAGGCUUAGAUAAAUGGAUGUGGCUAUAUUUUAGCAGCUUGGUAGCUCAGAGAAGUUAGACUUAAAGAAAUGGGAUCAGACAUCAAAGGAGGGGAGGCCAGACUUUGCUUAUCAACCGCAUCCACAUUGGGGCAAACACGCCUUGAACUGAGUUGAGGAAACAGCCCCAGUGGUCCCAUGCUUGCUCCGCCCUCUCUGCAUUC